AUGGACGCGGGCAGCAUCCUGGGGUUCGAGAUGGAGAUGGAGGCCAUCAACCAUGCUUUGACAACGGUCAAUCGGGUCGGUAUGGCGAGGACGCUACCUUGCCUCGAGACAAUCGCUGUCGCAUCCGUUUACGGCGGGAAUCAUUCCGCUGCAUGGUCCCGGAGGGUACGCGAGAUGCAGGAGAAUAGAGAACAUCUUCUCUUCAUCAACGGGAUGUUUGAGUUUGAUGUCUUUCUCGCCUCUGGCAAUCUCAAACAUCUCUGCGUGCGAGGUGAACUUCAUCCGUUGGGGAUCUCACCCGUCUCGUCGACCAGCGACGAAAAUAUACCGGACGUCCGUUAUUCGCGCACCAUUCACUUCGUACCAGGCGUUGACAAUCUCGCGAUUCCCGUCGGACCUCCCAUCAGAUGGGUGGGGGAUUCUCCCGCUAGGGAGAAUUGGGCGGACUCGAUGGUGCCAGUGUCGGAGUCAAUAAAGAGAUACAUCAGGAUGCGGUCGAGUUCUGUGCGCGAGGAGCUAGACUAUCGCCUGGAGCCGGUCGGGGUCGAAAUCUACUCGUCCACUCGGACCUUUUCGCCGCCCAGCAUCGGAAUCGGUUCUGAGACAUCGGGGACGCCCGAUCAACAGGAUAUUUCGGUGGCGUCGCAGAGGGGGAGAUGUGCCAUCAUGGGCGAGAACUCCCAGGCCGAGCUCAGGAGGACUGGCCGCCCGGACGAUUGGGUGAGGUGGUAUCCCUCGGUCGAUACGCCUGUUUGUAUGGCGUGCGGGUCAGGCGUGCCGGACCAGUCGUAG